AUGCAUACCGCCACCGUCCUCCUCCCCUUCCUCCUCGCCGCCCUCGCCACGGCAGCACCGCAGGACGUCCCGCCCCCUCCCCCUGCUCCGCCUGCUGCUCCUCCUGCUCCGCCUGCUGCACCUCCCGGACCGCCUGCUGCUCCUCCUGCUCCGCCGGCUGCUCCCCCCGCUCCGCCGGUUGCUCCUCCUGCUCCGCCUGCGGCUCCGCCGGCCCCCGCCCCGGCUCCUCCCAACCCAGGCGCUCCCAUCCCCCCUCCCCCAGACACCGGCGUGCCCGUGCCUCCGCCGCCGCCCACCGACACCGGCGUGCCCGCGCCCCCACCGCCGCCCACCGACACCGGCGUUCCUCCUCCUCCGCCCACCGACACCGGUGUGCCUCCUCCGCCGCCAACAGACACCGGUGUGCCUCCUCCGCCGCCAACAGACACCGGCGCGCCCCCGCCGCCGCCCACCGACACCCUCCUCACGGCGUUCCCGAGCGCCGUGCUGGCCGCCGACGCAGGCGCGCUCGCCAGCACUUCUGCUCCGCCGCCGGCGCCCGGCACCAACGCCGGCGCCGCGGCCCCUGCGCCGGGCCGCGCCGCCCUCCUUGGCGGGAUCCUCGCCCUCGUCGCCGGGCUGUUCGCCGUGGCGUUGUAA